GUUUGGUUCACUCCUCCACGGCGCAGGAUCUCUCCAUUGCUUUCGCGGAAGAACCCGUCUCUGCUGUCCCACUAAAGAUGGAGCUGUCUGCGGCAGGGGACCGAGUGUUUGCCGCUGAGGCCAUCCUGAAGCGCCGCAUCCGUAAGGGACGGAUGGAGUACCUAGUGAAAUGGAAAGGAUGGGCAAUAAAGUACAGCACAUGGGAACCUGAGGAGAACAUCCUAGAUGAGCGACUCGUUGCAGCAUUUGAACAAAAAGAGCGGGAGCAGGAGAUGUAUGGACCUAAAAAGAGAGGCCCGAAACCUAAAACGUUGCUUCUGAAGUCAAGAGCGCAGGUUGCAGAGACUUCAUCAAGAGUCCCGGAGUUCAAGCACACUCGUCCUCAGCAGCAUUCCAAGCUUCCUCCGCCCUCGGCUGCACCGUCCUACACCCCAACCGCACCUUCCAACGCUAAACUGCAAUCGGGCACCGCUCAGCCCAAACUGAAGAAAGACAUUCACCGCUGCCAUCGCAUGGCACGUCGGCCCUUGCCCCGCCCAGACCAGACAGUCGGUCCCUCCAGUCCUUUUUCGUCCCGUCCGACAGUCAGUCCUUUCUCAGAAACGGUCCGCAUUCUCAAUCGUAAAGUCAAACCCAGGGAAGUAAAGAAAGGACGGGUCAUUCUGAACCUCAAAGUGGUUGACAAGGCUGGGAAUGGCGGAGUUGCUAAUAGUAGAAGGACACACAUGCCCUCCACCCAGCAGUCCCAUUUUGGGCGGCAGAAGAUUCCGUCCCGGAACAGGGUGAUUGGGAAAAACAGGCGGUUUGGAGAGGUGUCCUACCGAGGAAUCCAGCCCACCAUUAGAAGCUCUGGGUUUCCUGUUUUCGGAAAACUCUACGAUUCUCACUCCCUGAGCAAUGCCGAGAACCAGACUCAAAGUGGAGAGAGUCGUAAUAACACAACAAACAAUCUCUCUUCCUCCCAAAAUUCAAAGGUGGACGUGUCCAAAGGUCAGACUCUUGAUGAACUGCCCCCGUCAAACUCAAGCUCGGAAGUUUCAGAUGGUGAGCCACCCUCCCCGCCACAAACCCAAUCCCAGCAUUCCUCAUUGCCGCCCAAGGCCUCCGCAACCAAGGCCCAAGAUCCUGCCCUUCACAAACUCAGCGCUCAACCUGUAGCAUCCAAAAACAGCUCGGGUCCUUCUGCUCUUCCAUCUUCUCCUAUGUUUUCCUCAUCGUCCUCUGCCUCGUCAUCCUCAGAAGACAACGAACACAUCCUGGACCUUUCCGUACCUCAUGAAAUGGACAGGCGAUUGCGGCGACGCCAUCCCUUCUCUGGCCGUCAUCCGCUCAAGGUCCCAGAGGUGCCCGUGUCGGAGGAACCGUCGGAGGAAGAGGAAGAUUUGGACUGGCGUCCUGACAUGACCUCCCAAUGUGCCAAUGUGGUCGUCACGGACAUCACAGCUAACCUCCUCACCGUAACGAUCAAGGAAUUCUGUCAUCCGCCGUCCGCUACUCCUCCUCCUUGCUACCCCAAAAAUAUAUCAGCUCAACACGACACAAAACAGCCAAAGCAACACCCCAACAAAACAUGAGUGCGGACACCACAGAUACGGCCUCCUCCAGCCUUCAGAAGGGAUUUUAGGAGGUUUGUUAGUAGUUUGUUUACAGUUUCAGCUGCCUGGUGCUCAUGCGAGUCUUUGUUAAGAGAUGUGGCCAAGCUGUCCACUCUACAACACUGUGCCAUGACUUUUAUAACCAUGAAAGAAUGUCUCUGAAUAAGGCUUUUUUUGCUCAGUGUUUAAUCAGAACACAUGGACUUUUCUGAGGAUGAAUUUGCUCACCAAUGGUUUCUUUAAAGAUGUGCCAAGCAAAUUCCUGUAUGGUAUUUAUUCCAUAUAUAUUAUAUCAUUACUGGUUGGUUUGUAUGUAUACACUACUGUUCAAAAUUUUGGCGUUGGUAAGAUUUUACAAACAUACAAACAG